UGGGAUCGAUCUCGUUCAGGAGGAUUGCCUUAUGGAUGUUGCCAGCAGUGACAGGAAUCGUGACACGCCAGAGCACCAGGUCGUUGGCGGUAAUGUCGUCGAAGGCGGGUGUUUGUUUGGCCUUGAUUGCGUCCUUGAGCUGGCCGACGGUCUCGUCUGAAGAUAUCUUCACGGGAAACGCACUCGAUGAGGGGUCGCCGCUAACGAGACAGAAUAGGGAGAGUGUAUUUGCCGCCAUGGAUGGAUGUUUUUUGGUAAUGGAGGAACGAGGCACGUGUAAAUGGAGAAGCAAUGCGCCUGUGAAUGUGGGGUGUGUGCGAGCGGAUGGAGGGAGUAAAGAGCAGAGAGAGUACCAGCGUCAAAAAAAGGUUCGGUGUUGUGUGCGGAUGGAGACGUAGUGCGCUUGUGAAUGUGAUGUGUGUGUGUAUGGAUGGAGGGAGAAAAGAGUAGAAAGAGCAAGCAUUG